AUGACCAACCGUCAGACCCCGCCCACAGCGUCAGACCACGCCCACAGCGUCAGACCACGCCCACAGCGUCAGACCCCGCCCACAGCGUCAGACCACGCCCACAGCGUCAGACCACGCCCACAGCGUCUGACCACGCCCGCAGCGUCAGACCACGCCUGCAGCGUCAGACCCCGCCCACAGCGUCCGACUCCGCCCACAGCGUCAGACCCCGCCCACACCGUCAGACCCCGCCCACAGCGUCAGACCACGCCCACAGCGUCAGACCACGCCCACACCCUCAGACCCCGCCUGCAGCGUCAGACCCCGCCCACAGUGUCUGACCACGCCCAAGCGUCAGACUCCGUCCUCAUCCCACAGAAACCACGCCCACAGCGUCGGACCCCGCCCACAGCGUCAGACCACGCCCACAGCGUCAGAUCCCACCCCUUUCCAACAAAAACCACGCCCACAGUGUCAGACCACGCCCACAGCAUUAGACUCCCUCCUCAUCCCACAGAAACCCCACCCACAGCGUCAGACCCCGCCCACAGCAUCAGACCCCGCCUACAGUGUCAGACCCCGCCCACAGUGUCAGACCCCGCCUUCGUCCCACAGAAACCACGCCCACAGACUGACUGCGGUCAUCGGGCCCAGGCCCCGCCCACUGCUGUGACCCCGCCUCACUGCUCAGGCCCCGCCCACUGCUGUGGGCGGAUCCGAGACGUUACCGUUUGUCUCGUGUUUGACGUUUUAUUCCGCGUUUCCGUUUCAAAUCCGAUGUCGUUUAUAUAA